GACUAUCGAUCUAAAACUUAUCUAAUUCGCUGAAUCAAUUUAUCUAACCCCUGCCAGCCUGCGUUUUUCCGAGUCCAGCCAGGCUCUCUGGUUUCAUCAAUGUGGAAGACAUCGUUACUCGUAAUUGGCUCAUUUGCUUUCAUGCGGUUAUUCGCGCCAAGUCUGCGGUGCACCCAACUCGAGCAGCCGAAGUUAGUGGUCGAUUCCAAUUUUACUUAAUAUAAAUGAUGCCUUCGGUGAAAUGGUGCUGCUUAUUCGACGAACAAACGCCACCCUGUCAACAUUGGAUCUACAUUGUGUACUGUCUGCCUAACGACGAUCGCAUCAUUUGACCACGGAAAGUAAACCAGUCGGAAGCAUAGCGUGCUUCUGGAGUCGCUUGGAUGGGCAUCGUGAGUUGUCUAUGGGAAGUGCAGGUGUGGUAAAAACAGUGCUGAAAGUGUAGCUCAACAACCAUUGGUGUUGAUGCAAGGAAGAAGAAAUGAUAUCUCAAUUGGCUUUUCUCGCAAUUGGUGCUUUAGUUACCCGUGCUGAACCCGUUCCAGAGCCUGAUCCAGCCCGAGUGCUGGGAAAAUAUGUGUUUUCAUAUGAUCCAUCUGAAGAUAAUUACAAUGUGCGAAGACCAGUACAUUUCAGCCAUAUAACUGAGAACGACGAUUAUGAUACAGACGCUUCCACAAACCAUGAAAACUAUAGACAUUCGUCAUCACACUCAUCGAACAGCCCAGGGUUUAUGACUUCUUUUACUUCUUCUGUGAAACAUAGGUUACCUCCGGUUGAUAUUGACAGUGAUAGUGAGGAAGAUGCCGAUGACCGGGGGAACUACGGCAGCAGUAACGCAGGAUAUUAUAAGAAGAACUCAAUCAUUCCUAUCUUGCAAUCGUACAGCAUCAUUCACUCGUCGAAAGAACCCUCUUCACCGGUUAUUAGAAAUAUUCAUGAAAAUGAUGACGACGAUGAGGACUACGGGCACCGUUACAAGGCUCCAAAAAUUAUUCAUACUAAAGCCAAAGCAAUCCCUAUUAGCCAACACAUCGAAGUGGAAAAACCUGUGCCUAUACCAUAUGUCAAGAAAAUACAUGUGCCGAUUCCAAAAGCGGUCAAGGUUCAUAUCCCACAUCCGGUUUUAGUACCGGUUCCUCAGCCAUAUCCUGUCCAUGUUCCUGUAUCGCAACCAGUAGCGGUACCAGUCAUAAAGGAGAUCACCAUUCCGAUUGAAAAGAUUGUGCCCUACCCGGUGGAGAAAAAAGUACCGGUACCCAUCGAAAAACCAGUUCCGUAUCCCGUGGAGAAACACGUCCCAGUGCACAUUCCGCAGCCGUAUCCGGUGAAGGUUCCGGUGAUCAAAACCAUCGUCCAUAAACUCAAGGCACCGCGUACGGUUGGUGUGGGUAGUGUCACAAUUUAGGUUUUCUUUUCUGGAAAAUUAGUGCGCCGAGCUACGCAUGCGACCGAGGUGAACACAUAAUUGAAUUUAUGUUAUUACAAUUAAUGCGUUUGUUUCGCAUAAAUGUAAAUUGAAUCGCCAAGCAUCAUUGCAUUGGUAGUAACAUGCGUCGGAUCGUAAACUGAUAUUUGCAGCUAAACGAGAAAUUAAUGGGCAAAAUGCAGUACUUUAGUUAUGAUGGAGAAAAUAAUGGAACAAAACCUGCCCAAUAUCAAUGAAAUUAUUCAAAGGGCUGCUCUCUUAGGUGUGGCAGUUUUGGACUGAAAACCACUAUUAAAACGAGAUUAAUUUAAUUCCGAUUACGAUUUUAAUACACCUGUUGUACAUAUCAAAACAAAAAUCAAAGAACCAAAUUGAAACCAUUCAAUUCAAUAAGUCUAGACAAAGCCUUUGUGCAUAUUAAAAUAUUUUAACGUUGUGCUCACUUUUUAAAAACUUUUGACUUUUUUUGACUUUUGAUUUUUUUUUCGAAAAACUGAGUAAUGUUCUGUGGUGGCUUCCAAUUUUACAAGAACCUACGUCUUUUUCAUAGGCGAAGCCACGAACCCUAUACCGAAUAUACAUAUACAUGUUAUUUGUAGUAAAAUGCAUACGAACAUUAUGCGUUAAACAAUAACCACCAGCUCCAAGGGAGCACGCGGUGUACCAUAUGUACCACCGAUGCAAGCUUAUCCAAGUAACAACGCGAUACGAUCGGUCCAACCCCGUGUGACUUAUUAAUUUAUUGCUUUCCAAUUAUGAUCGCAAGCAAGCGCCACCGACAAACAAUGAAGGGUACGACGACGAGGCGUAGACGUUGAGGUGAAAUAAACGCAACAUGCACGUAGGAAGGUUAGCCUGCUGCUGGAGGCGUUCGGGCUUCCUUCCUCGUGCCAAGCUGAAGCAACCGUAGCGUUGCUGGUAGACGGUAUGUGCAAAAAUAUGAACAACUUGUUUUCCUCCUUUGAAUGCGCGCUUUUGGUCGAUACUUAUUAGUUGCUCUUUUUCUAACCGUCUGGCAUGUAAUGCAACAAAAAAGACAAUUCAUGUGCACUUGUUAGUGAAUGCCUUAUAAACCUAUUUAAAAAUCAUGUUACUGUUACGUGUUUUAUAUUUGUAGCUUACCGUAGGAAUCAAUGUUGUUAGGUUUGUAUUAUUGACAUUUAUGUUGAAUAA